UCUGUGCAUCAGAGUUUGUUUAAAUUUUAUGUGGUAAUCGGAUUUACAGAAAGAAUAAUGAAAGUGGUGGUUAUUAAGGUUUCUUUAAUUGUAUUAUCGACAGUAUUGGUUGAGCCUCAAAUUAUAAAUUUUAACAACGAAAACCCUAUUAAAGAAGCAUUGUUUUUAAACAAUCAGUCCAUGUUUAAUACAACAUUAAAAAAUUGUUCGUGGCGACCAACAGCCAACAAUUUUGAAUGUCCCGAAGGUGAUGUAAGCUAUUACCUUUACAGUGGGGGCAAAAAGGAACAAGUUCCGAACAAUAUUGCGGACUGGCUUAAGGGAAGUAUUUGGAAUCCGUAUUUAGAUAAUGUAUUCAUCAUCCACGGUUACGCUGGGGGUGAUAAUACUUUACCUAUUGUCGUUUUGAGAGACGAACCAGGUCCACCUUUACUAGAGCGACUAACGUUCUAA